AUGGCUGACGAUGCGCCACCAAUUACUACAACAGCUAGGCUAACUGGUGAAAUGAAAGUCUACCUGGACUCUAAACUUGAAGAUACCCCUUCAAUGGUUGCCCAAGUUUUGUACUCGUUUCUAUGUCGUGAGAUAAGAGACGGGCGAAUUGGUGGUCCAUCUCCCGAGCUCGCUCAGAUUCGCGUAGAGUUUGGGAUCAAGAUCCAGAUUCUCUGCUAG